CAAUGGUCCGCACUCCAGUCCAGUAGGUGGCGGGAAUGCACCUAUCGUUUGUUUGCCAAGCUUCAUAAAACUCCAAAAGAAGAAGCAGAAGCAUCAGGUUUUGGACGCAGCAGCGGUGUUGAGUUUUCAGCGGAGAGAAAUUCAUAUUCGGUGAAGCUCUUCCCACAAACCCUUCAGAAUGAAACACACUGAAAAGCAAACAGAACUGAUUGAACAUAAAGAAGAUAAAGAAGAUCUUAGUGAAAUUGAGGACAAAAAUCAUGUGAAAACUGGAGAAAAACCUUGGAGUUGCUCUCAAAGCAAACAGAAAAAUUGUAAGAAAAAAAGAGCCAACAGAUCUUUCACCUGCACUCAGUGUGGAAAGAGUUUCUCAAGCAAACAUUAUCUUGAUGAUCACAUGAGAGUUCAUACUGGAGAGAAACCAUACACAUGUGAUCACUGUGAGAAGAGCUUUAUACAAUCAUCACACCUUAAGAGACACAUGAACAUCCACACUAGAGAGAAACCAUACAAGUGUUCACACUGUGACAAGAGAUUCAGUCAGUCAGGAACACUGAAAAUACAUGAGAGGUUCCACACUGGAGAGAAACCUUACACAUGUGACCAGUGUGGGAAGAGUUUCACAAUAAAAGGACAUCUUACAGUGCAUAUGAGAGUUCAUACUGGAGAGAAACCUUAUAAGUGUUCACACUGUGACAAGAGAUUCAGUCGGUCAGUAGAUGUGAAAAUACAUGAGAGGAUCCACACUGGAGAGAAACUACAAACAUGUUUUCAGUGUGGGAAGAGAUUCACAAUAAAAGGACAUCUUUCAGUGCAUAUGAGAGUUCAUACUGGAGAGAAACCAUUCACUUGUGAUCAGUGCGGGAAGAGUUUCACACGAAAAGGACAUCUUAAAGAGCAUAUGAGGAUCCACACUGGAGAGAAACCGCAUAUAUGUUAUCAGUGCGGGAAGAGUUUCACAAUAAAAGGACAUCUUUCAGUGCAUAUAAGAGUUCAUACUGGAGAGAAACCAUUCUCUUGUGAUCAGUGCGGGAAGAGUUUCACACAAACAUCAGCCCUUCAGGUACAUAUGAACAUCCACACUAGACAGAACAUUUAUGCAUGUGAUCAAUGCAACAAAAUAUGUUUGAGGGCUUCAGACCUGAAUAAACACCUGAGAAUUCAUACAAAGGAGAAACCACAUUCUUGUCAUUUGUGUGGAAAGAGUUUUACUUCAGCUCAACAUUUAAAGCAUCACAGUAGAAUUCACACUGGAGAGAAACCUUACAAGUGUUCACACUGUGACAAGAGAUUCAGUCGGUCAGGAAAUCUGAAAAAACAUGAGAUCAUUCACACUGGAGAGAAACCGUAUCACUGCAUUGAAUGUGGGAAGAGUUUCAAUCAAUCAUAUAAUCUACACAGUCAUACAAAAAACAUUCAUAGGAAGUAGAUCAUCUUCAGAUCCAGCUCUUUCAGAUCUUAUGCUGCAUCCUCAACAGAUGAGACACAAUAAUGAAUCAAGCAAUAAAAUAUAAUCUGGAUAAAUCUGUCCUAACCAGUCAUAACAAGUGACAUGACAAAGAAACAUUAUCUGAAGUUUUCACAGUGAAUAAAGUUCAUCUUCAUCUUCAAAACCAGCAGAUUCAACUGAGAUUCAGAUCAACUCUAAGAUGGAGUUCCUCCCCAAAGAACAACGUCACAAAGUUUUAUUCUUGUAUAUCAUUUUGCUUCAUGAUAUAAAUUAUAUCAUUGUGUUUUCUUAUGAGUUUCAUAUUAUGUUCAAUUGUCUUCUAAUGCAUGUAUCUCUUGAACUGUGAGAUUCAGAUAAACUCAAAAGUGAUAAAUGUUUCUCCUGACACCUUGAGAUUGAAAUAGCAUUAUAAUAGAUGAUAGACUCAUGAA